AUUCUCUGGCUGCUGCUUCAGGCGGGAGUUGCAGUGGCAAUGUCAACUGUUUGCGAUUUCUAAGUCUACUCUAAAGUACAUUUUCCGUCAAAGUAUGGUGAAAUUUCGCUAUUCUUUUGUAUGAAUUCAGUCACACCUGUAUAUUUCGGGAGUCGGGACAUGUUAGGCCAUCUUCAAGAUUCGCCCAGUGGCUGGCUGGCUGGCUGUCAAAGUUAGCUGAAAGGAACCUGUUAACGAAGCAAAAUAUCAGAAAGGUGGCAAACCAAUUUCCUGAGAAGAUGAGAAAGAGAGAGUGGGGAGACAGAUUGAGACAGGUGGAGAAGCUGGCUCAUUCUUAUCAACAGAGCCCCCUCUCCUCCCAGUACCAACCCCGAUUGGCCCGGCCGUCCCAGCCCUCCCCAGUGUGGCAUCUUUUCCACCGGCAAAGCCCUGCCCUGGUCUUCGCACAGACCUGCAAAGAGGAUGUCCAUGUGUUUGCUCUCGAGCGAGAAGGUGGUGGUUGCAUGGGCCAGAGGAUCUACCUGGUGACCAGUUACACUGAGCUGUGGCACUACUACAGGACCUAUAGACGGUCACUUAUGCACUGCUAUGAGGUGAUCCCAGAGGGAGCUGUGUGUAAACUCUACUUUGACCUGGAGUUCCAGAGAGCAUGGAACCCUGGCCUCAAUGGGGAAACUAUGGUGGCUCGCUUAAUUCAGUAUGUGUGUAAGAAGCUGCAUGAGGCCUAUGGGUUGAAAUGCUCCAGCAGUGAUGUGCUGAAUUUGGACUCCAGCACAGAAGACAAGUUCAGCCGCCACCUGAUCUUCCAGCUCCCUAAUGCCACAUUCAGGGACAACAGUCAUGUUGGUCGUUUCAUUCAUGCUAUCCUUACACCGGUGAAAAACAGCAACCACCCAGAGGGGAGCUCUACCACCUGUACCAGUGAAGGUAUAGACCCACUCACUGCCAUGGAGUAUAUUCCCAACACGGACAGAGGCAUGCUGGGAAGUCCGCAGCCCAAGAGGCAAAAGCAUGGGGAGGAUGACCUCAGCUUUCUGUCGGUGAAAAACAAAGAGGGACAGAUUCAGCUGUUUGUUGACCUCGGGGUCUAUACCAAGAACAGAAACUUUAGGCUAUACAAGUCGUCAAAGCUGGGGAAGAAUGCAGCCCUCGUAGUUGCCGAGGACAACCAGUUUAUUCCAAAACCUGACAGGCAUCUUACUAUGGAGGAGAACAUCUUUCAGGCAUCUUUGAUCAGCAAUGUGAGUUACACAGGGCAAAGGAUUUUGACGUGGGACGCCUCCGAGUUGGGAAAUCCCAAAGGGCCUCGGCCAGAGGGCUCCUCCAGAGCACACGCCAGCCCAGAUUGUGUUGGAGGCUACCAGUACUCCCCCUACAGAGAAGUGGAUGACUUUGUGUUGACACUGGUGUGCAAAGAUAACAUCAAAGGAAGUAUACGGCAGUGGAACUACUUUGUGUCAGAGCAGCUGCUAGUCUAUGACAUUCUGCACUACCGCUGGUGCUACAACGUGGGGCGCUUUCACAAGAGCAACAACAUCAUGAUCCUAGUGGAUCUGAGAGAGGAGGUGUGGUAUCAGAAGUGCUACGACCCAGAGUGCAGGAGACAGAACUACAGAUCCUCCAAUUACCCACUGCCAGAAGAUAUCUGCAUCAGUCAUCUACUCAAAGAGGAAGAACUGACCACAGCUUUGACUGAUUGGUGUCACGUGACACACGUCAUUCAGGAUGAGGACCAGCUGUAUCUGGUGGAUGACGAAGGGAACAUUGAGCUCAGCCAGAGACCAUGUCCUGAGGCAUCACCAGAAGGGGGCAAACCGGAGAGCAGUGGCCAGGUGGGAGACAGCGCAGGCUGGGGAGACUGGGCUGAGGAUGACCCCUGUUACCUAGAGGCCCUGGAGGAGGUGGAGAGGAGCAGUGAGGAGGUGUCUGAUGAGCUGCUGCUCAUGGCAGCAGAUGAUUGGGAGAACAGCUCAUGACAACGGAGACAAGCCCAUGGGCACAGACUGAGAAACUGGGGCCAUACAAAUCCAGUCCGUUGUCUUUAUCUCUAUCAAAAAGAGUGACAAUGUUAUGGGGCAGAAACUUAUUUAAUGUUUAUUUAGAAGUGCAAUAACUGUUAAGCAAGUGUGAAUCAAUAAGUAAUAAGCUUGCAUCAAUAAUUCUGACAGAAUGUUGGAGAUUUUUCCAUUGGAGUGGUUUUAAAAUUCAUUUAAGUUGAUGAAAAAAUAUCACCACAUAACAUCUUAAGAGCACACGCAUAGAAUAGAGUGAAUUAAAAGAGGCCAGGCCAAUGUCAAAUACACACAAAAUAGUGUUUAUUUGGUAUACCUUGAAAUAUGGAAAUAUAUGCAUCUUACAUUUGUACAAAAAUGUGAUAGACCAAGACAUUAAAAUUUGACAUGUCCUUGUUCCAGGA